AUGCACGCCGAACAGCGCCGGGUAGCCGACGACGGCCUCAACUAUCUGGUCAUCUUCCCCGACGAUUACGACGCCGACGCCAGCUACCCGCUGGUCGUCAUGCUGCACGGUUUUGGCGCCAACAUGCAGGACCUCGCCGGCCUCGCUCCGUCGAUCAACCGCAAGGGCUACGUGUACGUUUGUCCCAACGCGCCGAUCCCUUUCGAGUUGGCUCCCGGGAUGACCGGCUACGGUUGGCAUCCGCCGCGCGGUCAGGCGACCGAUGAGCAUUUCAACCAGGCCGAGUCGCUCCUCGACGCCUUCUUCACCGAGGCGCUGAACGAGUUCCGGGCCGAGGAAAGCCGCGCCGUUUUGCUCGGCUUCUCGCAGGGCGGCGGCAUGACGUACCGCAUGGGUUUGGAACGGCCGGACAAGUUCGUGGCCCUAGUCGCUCUCAGCGCGUCGCUGCCGGACCCGGAGAUCCUGCGCCCACGGCUGCCCGACCACCGCGAGCAGCCGGUUUUCGUGGCCCACGGUCUCCACGACCAGAUGGUCUCGAUGGACAGCGCGCGCCGCACCCGCGAGUUCCUCGACGCGGAGAACUACAACCUGUCCUACCACGAAUACAACAUGGGCCACGAAAUACCCGCGGAAGUCCUGCGUGACAUGGUCCCCUGGAUGGAGGCCCUCUUGCCUCCCCUGGUAGAAGAAACCGACCGCAUCUUUUAG